GUCUCUUUUCUUCCAGGCUUCCAGGCUUCCCGCCCGCUCCAAUAAUUGCUUCUUCUUCUUCUUCCUCUUCUUGCAUCAGCGACGGUGUGGAUCGGGGUUUUGUGUUCCUUUAUCUCUAUCCGUUAGCCCGGCUUUUCUCCCCCAUCAUACCUUUCCCAUCAUAGACCAUACUCGUUUUCCUCCCCUCUCUUUCCCCCCUACCCCAUCUCUCUCUAUCUCUCUCCCUCCCUCUCACUCCAUACACGGACCGGUGCUCUUGCAUCGCACCGACUGCAUUCCGGUAUGGCGGACGACAGCGGACUAAUGAAAACUUGUGUAGUUGGAGGAAACCCAGUUUCGGCCUUCCUGUCGUGGAGAUUACAAGCGACCAAUGCUUGCGACGUUACACUGGUUUGGAAAUCGGGAUUCGAUCACGUCGCGCAAUACGGCAUAUCUUUCAAGUCUCCUGUGUUCGGUAAUGAACGGUUUAAGCCGCGGCAUGUCGUACGCGUUCCCGAGGAAGCCGCGCAAGGCGGCGGUCCCUUCGACUACGUGAUUCUUUGCAUCAAGGCCCUCCCCGAUGUCUACGACCUCGCUGCUGUAAUCGAUGCCGUAGUUACGCCUCAGCACACGUGUAUCCUCAUCAACACAACUCACACCCUUGGCGUCGAGGCUGCCAUCGAAGAGCGGUUUCCUACCAACGUUGUCCUCUCCUUGGUUUCCAACGCCGAACUCUCUCAGCUUGGCCAGAGCGAAUUCGAGCACAAGGGCUCAACCGAGAUCUGGGUUGGGCCUUCGAGCAAGAAUGAUAACAUUCCAAGUUCCAUCCAGGGCGACAUGGCCGAGGCGCUUGCCAUGACACUGAAUACUGCUCAAGUCGACUGCAAGGUUUCCCAGAAUAUCCGCCAGCAGCAAUACGAGCGGGUCAUUGGGCCCAUCGCAUUCCACCCCGCCAGCGUCAUAUUCGAGACGGCGAGCCAUGCACAACUACUCGAAAAGAUUGGAGUACGAGACUUGGUGACCGGCGUAAUCGACGAGUUGCUAGCCUUGGCGGAUGCACAUGGGUGCAAGUUAUCGCCCGACUUCAAACAGAAGACGAUCGACGACAUGACGAAGCCUACAAACCCAGAGAGCAUCAUGUGGCAGGAUUACAUUGCGAAACGACCGAUGGAAGUUGAGACGUAUUUAGGCUCCCCGAUAAAGUUGGCUAAGGAGGCCCGCGUUCCUGUUCCUCGCAUCGAAACUCUUUACGCCAUCCUGCAUAACCUGAAUAUUGUCAACCGUCAAAAACCUCCCAAGCCUGCCGAUGUCGCAAUGGGUCCUCCUAGCUCGCCGACAGGCCUUCCGAGAAUGUCAUCUGCCAAUGGCGUUCGACCAGGCAUGAACGGCAACGGCAUGCCUCCCAACCGGGGAGCGCGCCCGCGGACCUCGUCCAACCUCGGCCCAGGACCCGGGCCCGGCAUGCGCCGGCCGCCAAUGAAUGGCGGCCCGCCUAACGGUCAUCCUCGUGGCCCUCCCCCCCCUGGGUCCCGGGCGGCCUCGAGACGUGGUUCUUUGGAAGGGAAUGACCUGGAAGAGUUUUCACAUCUUAUGCUCUACGACGAUAUUCCUGAAGGCGAUGAGCCUGGCUAUGCCCAUGGCCCUGAGAGUUCCGAUUUGGCGAUUCGAGAACGGGAACUGGAAUUGCGCCAACGGGAGCUGGCGAUGAGGGAGCGAGAGAUGCGGAUGAGAUCGAGGGGUCCGCCGCCGCCCUCGGGAGCUAGGAGAGGUCCGCACCCAAUGCGCAACAGUGCGCAGGUAUUCGAUGAGGAGGAUGACGACGAUGAUUAUUUCGACCCGCAUUCCGGCCCUCCCCCUCCAAUGAUUGACCCCGACAACUUCGACAUGAUGAGCGUCACGUCGAGGAAGAACCGGAAAGCAGCGCCGCCGCCCACGCGUGCCCAGUAUCACAAGAACGAAAUAUACGACGCCGGAGGAGCGCCCGUGACCAAGACCCCUCGGUUCCGCCCCAACUUUGGGCGCAAUCGAUCGAGCCAGAUUGCUAGUAUCCCUGUCGCGAACGAAAACAUCUUGGACGAUCCCCUUUUCUCUUACUCGUCGAACCGAUAUGGCGCUGUUGACCGUGGCGCGAUGCAGGCGGGCUCGAGAGCGAACUCUCUGACUGCUUCGCGGAUGGACGAAAUGCAGAUGGGCGCUGGCCCUAUGGCCAUGGGCAUGAAUGGGGCAUUCCCGCGGCGAGCUAGCCAGUCCCCCGGAAACCCGUACAGUCCUUCGAUUCGAGGUGGCGGCGGCCGACCGUCGCCGCCCAAUGGCUACCACGGCCCUCCCAUGAACGGCCGUCCAUCACCUCCUGACGGCAUGCGUCAACCCGUGCCCCGAUACCCUCCCGGCCAUGGUAACGCAGUUGCGCCACAGCAGGUUGAGCAGCACAUCGGGGUGAGCGGUCUUGUUUCUCCACCCAAACAGAAGAAUAUGAGAAGUCUGACUGGUAGUGCGAGCGCCAGCGCGGCUAGUGGUGAAUCCCAGAACGAUACGGAGCCCUCGGCCCACAGCAGCCAGAGCAGCCUCGGGCAAAGGCCGCCCAUAGGGGUGCGGUAAACUCCGUCAUCGGGAUUGCUGCAAUCGCUACGUUGCAAUGACGAUGGCACCGCCGGCGAUACGGAACGGCAUCGACCCGCGAUAGCCGAUUUCGGAUCGAAACGAGGACAAGCACGAGAACCAGUCCUCCCGACACGUUAGGGCAGCCCACGAAUGUCACGACGCAAUCCUGGGUUCCCAGAAGACG